AUGGGUGUCCAGAGAAAGAUCAUUACUCGCGGCAACGGCCCCUCGCCUGCGUCAGGUGACAAGGUUUCUAUCCACUACACCGGCUGGCUCUACGAUGCCAAGAAGGCCAACAAGGGCUUCCAAGGCAAGCAGUUCGAUAGCUCCAGAACCCCUGGUCGUGGCCCCUUCAAUGUCCAGAUUGGUGUUGGACAAGUUAUUAAGGGCUGGGAUGAGGGUGUCUUGGAGAUGAGCCUGGGCGAGAAGUCCAUGUUGACUAUCACUCCUGACUACGCUUAUGGUGACAAGGCUGCUGGCAAGAUUCCUGCAGGAUCUACUCUCAUCUUUGAGGUUGAGCUCCUUAAGAUCAACUAG